AUAAAAAGUUACGGGACUAUGAAAAAAAUUUCAUAGUCUAUCUCUUUGUCUUCCAUCUCUCGAGCCAUAAUCUCACCAUAUCGAAUUCUGCUUUGCAUUGUCCAAAAAAAUCAUUGUCAAAUUCUGCCAUAAAAUCCGAGUAUUCGUGAUUUCUUGUCAAGUUGCUUGCAAACCCUAAAACCCCAAAUUGAACCGCAAAGGUUAUUCCUAUUCCGCUGACGUCCAAAUAUGGCUUCCCCGGACAACAAAGACACUCCUCCUGCGAAGAAGAUGAAGCUUGAAGAGAAAAUCCCUAAUCCCCAAGAUGGAACUAAUGAAAAUCUUGAGUACCGUAAACCCAAAGAUUACUUUGUCCUGCUGAAGCUGGAAGUCAUCUUACAAAAUCGUGAAUCCGCUGGAGAUGUAAUGUCUUUGUUUCAUAAAGUGAUGAAAGAUGCUGGCUGCUCUGAAUCCCAGAUAAGGCCACUUCAUAGCUCCUAUCACUUUUUUGCACGCCUUACUCCAGAGGAAGCUAAGAAGCUGGCUGGUUUGGAUUCUGUGAAAAAAGUGAGGCCGAAGGUUAAUUCCCGUUGGUUUUCGGCAUAAUGGCAUUUAGGCUGUUGAAUUGAUGUGCUAUGGCCUUGUGAUUGUGGAUCGAUGUUCGUGUUAAGUCACAUUCCCGUUGUAAUAAGAGUAUUACAAAAUAGGAUUGGGGGGUUAUAUUAGGGUAGCUGAAUUGCUGAGUUGUGGCCUACUGGCUGUGUAGUGUGAUUUAUCCUCUUGUAACAAAGACGAUCAUUUGCAAUCACUGGUUGUAAUUCAACUUAACCUGGUUUGUUUAUGCUUCUUGUUGUUACUAAGUAUGAUUA